AUGUCCGGUACCACUGAUGACGCGCGCCGCUAUGAAGAACCAUACAGCGGGCAUAGACCAGUUCCGACAAUCUCCAAAUAUCGCGAGGAACUGGCACUGCGACGACAGCAAGAAGCCAUGCAGCAUGACGGCGCACCGCCUCCCGAUGAGGGCGUCUCCGAGUCGCGCCCCAGCCGCUUAACGCUGUCACCGGGCCCGCGCCCUUCGACGGCACUGAGCGUACCAAGCAUAGCUCUCAGCGACAGUGCCAGUGGCAAGGGCAGAUCCCGCAGCCGCAGCCGCAGCCGCAGCCGUGGCCGAGACGACGACGACAGACAGCAUCUUCCGAUGAUCGAUACAUCACAGACUGAUCCCGCACUGACCGACCCUCGCCGGCGCCGCAAGGACAAAGAGCGGCGCUGGCAGCGAGGCGAACGCGAAGUUACGGACCCUGUUACGCACCAGACGAUCGUCAUACAAGAUUUCGACGACGACGCCCUCGAUAACAUAACGCUUAGCGACGCCGGGCGUACUUCCGUAGGCGACGAGCCUACCAGUGCCAAGAAUGCGUCCGGCACGGUCGCCCCCGGCGGCGUAGCGGUUAACGGUGCGGCGCUUAGUCCAGGGAAGUACUCUGCACGAGACACUAAGAAGGCCCCUGGCCCGUCCGCGGAGUCAGCGUUAUCAGGUUUAGCCACACUAUCAAGGGGCGAGCCUACCGCCGCUAAGAAAGCCUUUAAUCCGGCCCUCUAUAAAGAGUUUCCUGUGCCUGAUUUCGGGGGCCUACGAGACGAAAUCGAACAUAUUAGCCGGCAAGGCGCAACCGUAGGCGUCUUCGGUGCCGCCAUCAUCCUCGUCGCCGCCUACGAGAUAUACAAGCUACUUCCUGCCUCGGCGAAACAGGGUAGCAUCCCUUGGCUCCUGUUCUACGGCGGCUUCUUCUUGAUGGCGUACCUUGCCAUCUUUGUUCGCGACUUUAGCUCCAAGCAAACCAGACAACUGUUCGAAGACGAAAUCUGGCAUGCGCAUCGCGAAAAGAUGAAGACCGAGGCGAACGAGAGCACCCAUGAGCGAACCGUGUGGCUCAACUCCGUGCUACGUACGUUGUGGCCCAUUAUUAAUCCAGAUCUAUUUGCUAGCUUUACCGAUAUCCUCGAAGAUGUCAUGCAAGCCUCUAUUCCCAAAAUUGUUCGCAUGGUGAGCAUCGAAGAUAUCGGCCAAGGAAGCGAGCCAAUACGUAUUCUUGGUAUCCGCUGGCUACCAAGCGGCGCCACAUCAGAGACACUCCGCAAGAAUGCUUCCGAGAAAGAGAGAAGGGGAACAGACCAAGCGAAAGACGCUGGUGAUAGUAAUCCUUUCGGCCCCCACGUCAUGGACGAUGAAGAAGGGUCCUUUGUCAAUUUGGAAAUUUCGUUUGCUUAUCGAACCCGAGCCAGUUCGAGAAUGGCCAAACACCGAAACAACGACUUACACCUGUUCGUGGCAUUUUACCUGCCGGGAAACAUCAAGAUUCCUGUUUGGGUCAACCUACACGGCAUUAUCGGCACUAUCCGCGCUCGACUUCAGCUUAUUGCCGACCCUCCUUUCAUUUCUCUUUGUACCGUGACGCUGAUGGGCCAGCCGCGGGUAGCCAUGAGCUGCGUGCCUCUGGUUCAGCGUGGCCUGAACAUUAUGGAUGUCCCGUUGAUUAGCAAUUUCGUGCAGGCAUCAGUCGACGCUGCUGUGGCACAGUAUGUUGCGCCGAAGAGCCUAACCAUUGAUCUGCAAAAGAUUCUGGUUGGCGAAGACUUCAAGAAAAACACUUUGGCAAAAGGCGUUCUGAUGGUCACAAUUAAACGAGGCUACGACUUCAAGAUGGGCGACGCGGCCAUCCCUUUCUUCAGAGAAGGUGGCUCGGACCCGUACGUCUCUGUCGGCUGGGCAAAAUUUGGCAAGGUUGUUUGGAGCAGCCGCAUCAUGUUCAAGGAAAUGUCUCCUUGUUGGGACGAAACAUGCUUCGUCCUGGUAACGCCGGAAGAACUGAAUAUUGACGAGCGUCUCCGCGUCCAGCUUUGGGACUCCGACCGAUUUACGGCCGAUGAUGACCUGGGCCGUAUCGAAGUAAGCCUGAAGGAAAUCAUGGAGAACCCAGAGUCAAAUGGCAAGAUGUUCCAUCGUGCGGACGGUUUUCGAGCUCUCAAGUCGGGAGAUAAUAUGCCAGGCAAGCUAGAAUGGAGCGUCGGGUACUUUUCCAAAACGAAGAUCCUCGACGGCCAGUUCAAGCUCCAAACGCGGGAUCCGCGUGUUCGUAACAUGGAGCAGCUAAAGAAAAAGGUUGAGCGCACCUGCGAGCGGAAGCUACGCGAAGCCAUGCUCAAAGACACUACACUGGAGCGCCAUGAGGAGGAUAUGGAGAAGAAACGCGUGCUCGAGUUCAAGAUCGAGCACGACGAGAUGAUCAUCUCAGCACCACCACCGGAGGACUAUCCGAGUGGCCUUCUUAGCAUUCAGAUUCAUAACCUGACUGGUCUCGAAAUCAAGAAGCUCAGCAAAGAGACCAAGUCCAGGUUUGGCAGUGCCAGCGAUGAUGAAGAGGAGACCGGAGAAGGCCUUCCCUCUUCGUACUGUACCAUCGUUAUUAACCAUCGCAAAACGUUCAAGUCUCGCGUGAAGCCGCAAAAUAGCAAGCCUUUCUUCAACGCGGGAUGUGAACGCUUCAUCCGGGAUUGGCGUGACUGCGAGGUCUAUGUCUCCGUUCGCGACGCUCGACUUCACGAAGAUGAUCCUUUGCUAGGUAUUGUGCAUCUGCCACUUGCCCAGGUCUUCCGGCAACGCUCACAGGUCAUGGGAUGGUGGCCUAUUUCCGGAGGCAUCGGUAACGGCCGUAUCCGCAUCUCUCUCGUGUGGCGAAGCGUAUCACUCCAAGCGCCUCGAAAUUUGUUAGGCUGGCAGUACGGCACCCUGGAUAUUCGCCACAAGGCCAUUGGCACGGACGUACCGGAAGUGUUGCGCGGUUGCAAGCUCCGUUUCCAGUCGAAUAUCAGCACCGGGAAGAUGUAUCCAUCUGCUAUGGAAGAUGGUCAUGCCGUUUGGGCGACGAAAUCGAGCAAGCAUGUCGCUCUAGCGCUGCACCAGCGAUAUAGCAGCUGUUUCUCUAUUACGUUCGUUGAUGGCCGACGUCUCCUAGGUGAGAGUAUCGCUGCAUUUUGCGUACUCUGGCUUAAGGAUAUUCCCGAUGAGGAGGAGCAGGAGAUUGACCUCACAAUUUGGAAAGGCGACUACAAACGUGCCAUUUCUAACUGCCUAGAGACGUGUGGCGAGAAGAUGGGCACCCUGAAGCUGCGCCUGACACUAUGGGCAGGCAUGGGAAGCGCACACACAAGCUGGGCCAACGGCAGCGAGCAUUUGCGGCAGGUGGUGGAAGUCAUCGACACCGCGCGCGAUAUCCUCCAGACAGACUUGGAGAAGGAUGCCGGCAUCGUGGAUGCGGACAAUGCCGGCGUCGACGCAGAUUCGUCAGACGACGAGGGGGCAGACAACGACUCGGAGAAUGACGACGCCAAAAGCCAGCACCGCCGCCAUGGGCGCAAGGAGAGCUCGGGAAAGGACGCGGUGCCGGACGCGGUGCCGGACGGCAGCGUCUCGGAUAAGCAGAGCAUGCUGGACCAGGUGCGCGACUAUAAGAAGAAGGCAAAGACACUGCACCGUCAGCACCGGGGCAUCAUGCAGUGGAAGAUUCCGCGCACGGCUAAGUGGGUGAAGAAUAAGUUUGGUAGAGUGGAGGAUGGGGUGUCGGGUAUCUUUGCGCAUGAGGUGAAGCAAAAGGCCGACAUUGAGACGGAAGUAUAG